AUGGCUAAAGGAGUUUUUCUGUCCUCGGGCCUUGCCGUGGGCACGGGGGUCAUGACCGUGUCAGCCGUCGGUGGGAUUAUCACGAUGGCCAUCAUAUUCCAAGUGGAGGUUGUUAGAGAACCACCGACAACGCGAACCCCAGCUACAACGACACCGUUCAUUCCAACAGGACCUCCACCAGACCUGAGACUGCCCCGAAACGUGAUUCCCGAGAGCUACCGCAUCUUCCUGAGGCCUCUUUUCUACCGUACAACCCCCUUACCCCCCAUGACAAAUCAAACGAAUCAAACGACUCCAACGCCUCCAACGAAUCCAACGACUCCAGCGACUCCAGCGAUUCCAACGACUCCAACGCCUCAGAGGAAUCAAACCUUUAUUUUUAAGGGGAACUCCACUGUGAAUUUUGUGUGUCUGAACACGACUAGAAGCAUUUUCCUACAUAGCAAGAACUUGACUAUUACAGACCUGAAACUGACGCGACUGGACGAAGACGAAACUCUGAUUGUCAGUCACCGUGUCAAUCAAAGCACUGUCAGUGAGACCGAUUUCUUAGAAGUAAGAUUGGAGGAUGAGGAUGUAGCAUUUGAGCAAAAUGGAUCCUACAGCCUGUUUACCUCAUUUGAAGGAGAGAUGUACAAUGAUUUGACCGGCUUCUAUAUCAGUACAUAUGAAGCGGAAAACGGCAAUGAAACAAUAUUUCUUGGUGCGACUCAGACGGCUGCCACGGAUGCCAGAAAAGUGUUUCCCUGUUUUGAUGAACCUGACUUGAAGGCUAAUUUCCAUCUCACGCUCAUUCACAGAGAAAAGACUACUGCAGUGGCCAACUGGCCUAGUGAACCUACUAGUGGCCUCGAGAUUGAAAUUGAUGGAGAGAAGUGGACAGUUACUGAGUUUCAAUUGACGAAGAAAAUGUCAACAUAUCUUGUGGCUUUUGUAGUGAGUGAUUUAGGCUUCACUGGAGGCAAAGACUUUAAGGUAUGGGCUAGACCUGAUGCCAAAGAAGCUGGUCAUACAAAAUAUGCUGAGACUAUAACAAAGACAAUUCUGACUUUCUAUGAAGCUGAAUCGGGCUUAACAUAUCCUGUCGGCAAACUAGAUCAGAUGGCCCUACCCGAUCUGGCACCGGUUGGGAUGGAAAACUGGGGACUGAUAACAUACCGUGAGUCUUCUUUGCUCUUUGUGGAUGAUGUCUCCUCCACAUUCGAUAAGGAAUAUAUCACCACAGCGAUUGCUCAUCAGCUUGCUCAUCAGUGGUUUGGGAAUCUGGUUACUAUGAAAUGGUGGAAUGAUCUGUGGCUGAGUGAAGGAUUUGCCACAUACAUGUCUUACAAAGCACUGAAAAAUUUACAGCCUUCCUGGAAUACAGAUGACUUGUUUGUGGUGAAUGAGGUGCAAAAAGCCUUCCAAGUGGACGCUCUGACCACUGCUUAUCCUCUCAGCACCAGUGAGGACGAGAUUCAGACACUCACAGAGAUCAACGGGCUCUUUGACACCAUCACUUACAGCAAGGGAGCUGCAGUGUUGAGAAUGCUGUCACACUAUAUGGAUAAUUUUAAAGGCGGCGUACAGAAAUAUCUUAAAGAUCUGCAAUAUGAAAGUGCUGACCUAAAUGACCUGAAGGCCUACCUAAAAGAGGCAGAUGGCACCAAAGACAUAGAGGAAUUUGUGAGCAUGUGGACCACACAAGCAGGUUACCCCGUUCUCACAGUAGACACUGACACUGGAAAAAUAGCCCAGGAACGCUUCCUCCUGAACAGCACAGGGCACAAAGCCGUUGUAUGGCAAGUGCCCAUAAAUGCACUGAAAAGUCCUCCAGAGUCUAAUGUGCAUGAUUUGUUACUGGAUAAAGCAGUAGGAGGGCCAAUACCUGCACUAAAAUCUGACAAGUGGAUCGUGGUCAAUAUUAACUGUACUGGUUACUACCGUGUUAACUACAACCAGAAUAACUGGAAUAGACUCAUGGUUCAGCUGAAGGCUGAUCACUCUCUAAUUCUAGUGAUCAACAGGGCACAGCUGAUUGAUGACGCAUUUAAUCUGGCAAGGGGCAAGUAUCUUGAUGUGGGAGUAGCACUGGAUACAACCAAGUAUCUCAAAAACGAAACGGAGUAUAUUCCAUGGAAGGCUGCUCUAACAAACCUGAGAUACUUCAUCCUCAUGUUCGAUCGCUCUGAGGUCUAUGGACCGAUGCAGACAUAUCUGAAAGAUCAGAUCACCAACCUAUACAGACACUUUGAGAAUAACACAAUGUCUAAUACAGUACCGAAGGAUCACCUUGCGCAGUAUGCCCAGUUGGAAGCCGUUUCAAUGGCAUGCAAAGUUGGCUUGAAAGAAUGUAUUGAAACAGCUACUGAAAUGUUCAAUCUGUGGAAAGCAAACAACAUCACGAUACACCCAAAUCUGAGAUACAAUGUUUACUGCUAUGCCAUUGCUGAUGGUGGAGAAGCGGAAUGGGAGUUUGCCUGGAAGAUGUACCUGAACUCAACCAUCGCAGCAGAGAAAGAUAAGCUGAGAUAUGGUCUAUCAUGUACCAAGCAUAUCUGGCUUCUGAACAGAUACCUCCAGUAUACUCUUGAUCCCAAAAUAAUUAGGAAGAGCGACACCGUGUCUACCAUCAACUACGUAGCCAGCAAUGUGGCCGGGCAAGCUUUGGCUUGGGAUUUUGUGCGGAGCAACUGGAAGCAUUUCAGUGAAGAACAUGGCGGUGAGAUAAAGUUCCUUGGAGAUCUCAUUAAUGGAGUGACAGAGAGAUUCUCCACGGAGUAUGAACUUCAGCAGUUGAAACAGUUCCGGUUCGAGAGUGACCUAAAUGAAGAAUCCAUAGGCUCAGCAUCCAGGGCCCUGGAGCACGCAAUUGAGAGAACACAGACCAACAUGAUGUGGGUGGAAGAAAACGAGGCCAAAGUUCUGGCCUGGUUCCGAAGCGAAACGAAGUACAGUGCUUGAGACAAAUUGCACAGGUCUGCUUGACCAAACACGUGUGCUUGAUAGAAAAUGCAAUUCAAUGAAGAUGUCGUGAUGCAACAGCACUCCAAAUAGUUGACAUUACAAAGGAGUCCAAUUUAAUUGUCGCCUGUAACUCCUGGAAAACUCUUGAUCAUUUUAACCCAAAAGAGCUGCAUAGUUCACAAAAUUAUGAAACUGGAUUAUUAGUGUUAGCAAAUGUUUCCAGAUAUUAAAUCACAGAUAUCUUAGACUGUUAUGUAAAUAUACAUUUUUUGCCAUUUUGACCUGUCCUGUUGAAAUACAAAUCUGCUGCUCUCUAAAUUUCAGGACAUCCAAGAAACACCAUACAGUUGAGGCAUUUUCAAAUGCCAUAUAAUGAAAGAUACAGAGGAAGGGUUUGAGAGCAAGAGAGACUCGUUUAUUUUUAUGUAAUCAAAUAAACGUAAUAUAUGACAUUGUAUGAAAUCACAUCCAAAGAACUGCACUCAAACCGAUUGUUAUUGUAGGGCCUUUUGCUUUUCUCCCCGUUUAAAUAACUUUAUAUGUUGUUUCU